UUUGUCUAUGUUAUCACAGUCAUCCCAAGUUAAUUUACAAAUGCACAUGACUCAAGGUAUUCCACAUUUUAAUUUUUCUGAAUUAAUCAUCGAAUCCGGUUUAUUACUCGAUGCCUCCAUUAAUUGGAUCAGUUAUCAUUCCGGUUAUGAUUUGGGAUUCUUAAUUAGUUUAUUAAUUAAUGACAAUCUUCCUCUUGAUGAAAAAGAUUUUUACUGGUGGUGCUCAAAGUACUUUCCUAACUUUUAUGAUUUGAAACAUAUUGGUGUUCAAAUAUUAGGCUCCAAAGGUGCAAAUGGUCUUGCAGGUACUGCUGGUGGGCUUGAUGCUAAUGGUGAUCUUACUCGUGGUAAUAACAAACCUUCUAUUGAAUAUUUAGCAGAAGAAUUGCACUUAUUACCAAUUUCACCUGCCAUUCGUCAAUAUUUUAGUUAUUCUUCUGGUAAUCAAUUACCAGGUCAUCAACAUCAACAAAUGACUUCUACCCUACAUGCAUACUUAUCAAUGGAGUGUUUUAAAGACCUUUUCAGACAAAUUGGAUAUGAUUCACAAUCCCUUAGUAAAUACAAAGGGGUUCUUUGGGGACUUGGAAAUGCUUAUGGUGAAUCCGAAGGUCAACCUCAACCUCCAAUUGUUCAACAACCCUUCGCUAAUGGAGGAGUUACAGUUCAAACUCCUGUAACUCCAAGUGCCACCAUUUCAAAAAGUGGUGUUGUUCAUUUUGGUAGACCAAUUUAAUCGAUAUGACUUGAAAUGUUCAA